AUGGCGAAAUCAUUGAGGUCGAAGAGAGAGAAGAGGCUAAGGGCGGCGAGGAGAGAGCUCGUUGAGCCAAUUUACGACAAGAAAGAGGCCGCCAAGCUCGCCGCCCAGGAGGCCGCCCUCGCCGCACCCAAGCUUCCGGUCAGGCCGCCGCCCUCCAACAACAUGGAUAUCGCCUCCGCAUCUCUCCCUGGCUCCGAGGGCUUAGAUGUGGAGAUGGCUGAUGGCAAUGAGAGCUCCAAAUUUUUGAAGCCUAUUGGGAAGAAGCUGAAGAAAAAGAUCAAAUUGGCCAAAAGGAAGCAUCACGGCAAGGGCAAGAUCAGGAAGAAGCAUAACGUAUAA